AUGGGAUCCAACUACAAGGGAUGCACAAUAUAUCAAACAAUUUCCCGGAAACACAACAACAACACCUCAAGCAAGAAAGCCCAGCAGCUACCGCCUCCUAACCUCAACACCAAUCCUGAAUAUCAACAGCAACAACCAGGCUCCGAAAACACACCCAGGUCACGUACGUAUGCAAAUGUAACUGAGGGUCACCAGUCCCCAAACUCUAACACCUCCACAAACACCAACGAAACCUCACUUCUAAAAUUCCUUGACGAGUUCAAAUCUAUUUAUUAUAGGUUUAUUACCCUCUUAUCUCUCUCCUUACCACCGUCCUCUCAAAUUUCAUUAAACUGCAAGUUCCACAGCCAUCAUAAUCCCCUGAUUUCCCAGCUAUCCACCAACGCUAUUCCUGGUGACCCCAGAAGGCGUCUUAAACGUACCUGGUGUCGUGACCUACUAAUUUUAAAAUUGUUCAUACCUCUACCUCCCCUCAUCCUCUCUUACUAG